AUGACGCAUUCACAUACAUUAUUAAUACAAAUACAUUUUCUAGGGCGAGACGAUGAGGCAACAAGCAGUUCCACUGGUUCAAGAGGUCCACGAGGGAGAAAUGCACAAUAUUACCGUGAUUACAGAGCACGGAAGCGAGCGGAGCAGGAAAAAUGGUCAUUGAAUAGAAUUAGUGAUCCUUCUACGACUGCUGAUUCUUCUACAGUAACAUCGAAGACAAGGAAAUCAGCCGCGGAAUAUCAGAGAGAGUACCGAGCACGUAUAAAAGCCAAACUAAGAUACGGAGUUUCUCAGAGAGGUAAUCCCAUUCUCAUGGUUGGAGGGAACAGGUUCAAGAAGACAUCUGGGUAUGGAAAGAAGAGCUGGUGGCAUUGCAUUAAGCGAUCCAGCACGAGUUGUCCUGCUAAUCUCAUGCGCGCGAUUCUAAGAGCCCGUUUCUGCAGGGAUUCUACUAACAUCUUUAUUGGAGGACAGAAGUUUUUCAGACAUUCCCGAUCGCUUAUGGGCAAUAGAAUUAGAUGGACCUGCGCUAAGAAACAUAAGCUGAAGUGUAAGGCAUCUGCCGUGACCAUAGAUGGAGUUGUGGUGUCCACGACUGGCCUCCACUCUCACAAUUAA